AUGGGAACCCACGCAGCUGCGUCAAGGCUGGCAGAAAGACGUUCCGCCUACCUUAAAAAGCUAGACCCAGGCACUAACUAUGCCGCUCAGUGGAGACAUUACGGGUACCUCGCAACCUCUCACGUUGCUGCGCUGCGCAAUGUCAUUCCGCGGUACUCUGAGUCCUCUUCUCAGGGUUGGUUGACCAGGUCUCUUCUUGUUUCACAAGCUCAUUCUAUCGACUGUGAUUGUCGUCGAUGGGAUACUGACUCGCCACCUAGCUUGGAUUGUGAUGCCUCCUCCCACCCCCCCUCGCACCGUCCGCGGAAGAAGAGAAAGUUCCUGAUCAGCCCGGGCUCGAAUAACAACCUAAUCUUAGACAUUGGAGAAGGCAAAUACUCGCCCACCUUUCCUCUUGUCUCAUUCCUCUGGCCUGCUCGAGCAGGCGUGUCUCAAUGGCUGAUCCUGCCUCUCAUCUUGAUGGCUGUCGGUCUUUUCCGAUGGGCUGUCAGUCUGUGGGGUUACUCUGGAUUUCAGGUACCGCCAAUGCACGGUGAUUUUGAGGCCCAACGGCAUUGGAUGGAGAUCACCCAGCAUCUACCUAUGGCCAAGUGGUAUCUCUACGACUUGCAUGGUACCGCCAUUGAGCCUGCAUGGUUCGCAUUAGACAAAUCCCGCGGCUUCGAGGACCCCAAUUUGAAGGUUUAUAUGCGCGCCACCGUCGUCGUCUCCGAAUACCUCGUUUACAUUCCGGCUGCCGUCAACUUCCUUCGUCGUUAUACUCGGAUGCAGGGUGUACAUGCGUGGUCUUCCUCGAUUGCUCUAGUCGCCGUUCUCCUCCAGCCCGCGACAAUUCUCAUCGAUCAUGGUCAUUUCCAGUACAACACCGUGAUGUUGGGCCUAGUGGUUGCGAGCUUGGAUGCAAUUCUGGCCGGACGUAUGCUCUGGGCCUGUAUAUUCUUCGUCGGAGCUCUGGGCUUCAAGCAGAUGGCACUUUACUAUGCACCUGUCAUUUUCGCUUACCUUUUGGGAGUCUGCGUCUUCCCCCAUAUCCAUAUUCCUCGGUUGAUCAACAUCGCCCUAAUCACGACUGCCGCCUUUACUCUGCUUUUCGCGCCGCUCUUGAUCGGCGCAACUGGUCCUGAAGCGCGAGAAUUCAUCGCUUCCUCGCCACAGCCUCCUCUACUUCAGGCACUGCCGAUCUCCAUUGAUAAAAAAUCGGUGGCAUAUGCGGUCAUUUUCCAGCUGACACAAACCAUUCACCGCGUGCUGCCCUUCGCUCGUGGUAUCUUCGAAGAUAAGGUUGCGAAUGCCUGGUGUGCCAUCCACACAUUCUACAAGCUCAAUCGGUUUGAGACCUCGCUCCUCCAACGAGCAUCACUCGGCGCCACUCUUGGUUCAAUUAUUGUUCCAUGUGCCAUCAUUUUCCGCCACCCGCGAGCCUCGCUCAUUCUCCCUGCAAUGUCUUGCGUUUCCUGGGGAUUCUUUCUCUUCUCCUUCCAAGUGCACGAGAAGAGCGUCCUCCUUCCUCUCCUCCCAAUGACCCUCUCGCUCGCCGGUGACGGCGGCCUGAACAAGGAGAAUCGCGCCUGGGUCGGCCUAGCCAAUAUUUUGGGCUCGUGGACCAUGUACCCGCUUCUUAAACGCGAAGAGCUGAGUGUGCCUUAUGCCACAUAUCGGAGCCGGUCAUCGCUCGAGGACCCGAACUCGCAAUUCGAGCUCAAUAUUUUCACAAAGAUCCUCCACUUUGUUUUCUACAUAGCCAUGAUUGGCUGGCAUGUUCUCGAGGAGUUCGUCGAGCCCCUGCCGGGCAAGCCGGAUCUGUGGGUGGUUCUCAACGCCCUCGUCGGAGCCGGCGGAUUCGGGAUCAUGUAUAUCUGGUGCAUGUGGAAGUUGAUCACCCAAUGCCGGCGGAUCGAUCUGCAGGCGGCCGAAGAAGAGAGUCGGAAGAAGAAGCAGUGA